CCUUAUCUGCUAGCUCUGCACACGGCACUGCUUGCACCCUCCCUAAGGGAGUCGACCUUCUUGCUGCCUCAGAGGAGUCGAUGUUCCAGGAUCAUCUCUGGCCAGUUAGGGGAGACGACGUUUCCUCCUGCGCUUUUCCCGGUGCACCCAGAGUAGUCUCCACACCCCUUGAGUCUCACAGGUGUGAAAGCUGCUAAUGUCACAACUUCCUGGGAGCCAGUGCUUUCUCAAGCCUGUCUUGCAAGUUGGGUCUUUUCCUCAGCAGAACAGAGAGGGCAGUGAAACAGAUGGAUAUGCAAAAGGGGAGGAGGAAGAGGAGGAGGAAGCUGAGGGGGAGUUGGUGAGUCAGAGAGCCGUGCUCUGCCUGGCAGUAGUGAGCCUCUCACAAGCAGGGGAAGCCCAAGCCACCAACCAGAUCUUCCACUUCGGCACAAUGAUACUGCCCAAAAAACUGAGGCUGCUGCUGUUCCUGGCUUCCCAAAUAGCCAUCUUCGCUCUCUUCUUCCGCCUGUAUGACAACUCCCUGCCUGGGAAGGAGGAGCCCAGGCCGGUGCAUGUGCUGAUCCUGUCUUCCUGGCGCUCUGGCUCUUCCUUCGUAGGGCAGCUUUUUGGACAGCACCCAGAUGUCUUCUACCUGAUGGAGCCGGCCUGGCACGUGUGGAUGUCCUUCACACAGAGUACCGCCUGGAGGCUGCACAUGGCAGUGCGAGAUCUGCUCCGCUCAGUCUUCCUGUGCGACAUGAGCGUCUUCGACGCUUACACGAAUCCUGGUCCUCGGAAGCAAUCCAUCCUCUUCCACUGGGAACACAGCAGGGCCCUGUGUUCUCCACCUGCCUGCAACAUCUUCCCUCGGGACAAGAUCAUCUACCAUGCGCACUGUAAGCUCCUGUGCCAUCAGCAGCCCUUCGAGGGGGUUGAGAAAGCCUGCCGCUCCUACAGCCACGUGGUGCUCAAGGAGGUGCGCUUCUUCAACCUGAAGACCCUCUACCCGCUGCUCACGGACCCCUUGCUCAACCUGCACAUUGUGCACUUGAUCCGGGACCCCAGGGCUGUGUUCCGUUCCCGAGAACACACCACAGCAGAGCUCAUGAUUGACAGUCGCAUUGUGUUGGGGCAGCUUUGGCAAACGCUCAAGGAGGAGGACCGGCCAUAUCACGCCAUGCAGAUUAUCUGCCAAAGUCAGAUGGAGAUAUUCAGGGCCAUCCACUCCUUGCCAGAAGCCCUGCGGCAGCGCUACCUGCUGGUGCGCUAUGAAGAUCUGGUCCGGAUGCCCCUGGCCCAGACUUCCCGGUUGUAUGAGUACGUAGGCUUGCAAUUCUUGCCCCAUCUCCAGACCUGGGUGCACAACAUCACGCGGGGCAAGGGUAUGGGUCAACAUGCCUUCCACACAAAUGCUAGGAAUGCCCUCAAUGUCUCCCAGGCUUGGCGCUGGUCCUUGCCUUAUGAAAAGGUUUCUCGACUUCAGGAAGUCUGUCGUGAUUUUAUGGAUUUGAUGGGCUACCUCCAUGUUAGAUCCCAGGAAGAGCAGAACAACCUAUUGCUAGACCUUCUGUCUAGCUGGAUGCCCUUGGACCAAGUGUACUAAGAGGUCAAGGAGGCUCUGGCCCCACCUGGUCCUAGCCUCAGCUCCAUUCCCUGGAUGCUUCUGAGCCUUAACUGGGUCUCUGUAAAUAUGCACAUUGCACGUGAGUUGCAUCCACAUAUGCUCAAACAGAGGAAGCUUUGUGUUUAUACUCUGGUCUAAAAAAAGCAACUCGGGAACCUUACAUGAGCAGCAAGUUCCACGAUGAAAUAUGAUGUUGCCUUUCUUCUCUUGAUUUUCUACCUGUGCACACCUUGGAGACUGUUAGAGUCUGUUAGACACCAGGCAGUAUUGGUGGAGUAAACCCAUAAACCUCCUUGUCUACAUCUUCCCCAGUGGCAAAGGGGAGAGACAGUAAAUAAAACAGGGAAACGGGUCUUUCACCAAAGAUUUCCCCAGCACAUUCCAAUGACAUGAACUCUGAGCCCUUGGAGUUUCCAGAAGAUUGAAGGAAGGAACUGAUCCUAUCUUUGAGCUUGUGGUCACAGCCAUCAUUUAUCACAAACACAAAAUUUACUCUGCACAGCAAGGCAAGCUCUUAAGCCCAGAGAGUGGCUGAACUCUGUUGGAUGUCACUUCCCCCAGUGUUUUCCUAUCACAUGCAAAGACUGAUCUGUGAAGCUUUCAUCCAUUAUCACGACAAUUCCAAAAAUAAGAUUCUGUUUGGAACAUUCUCUUGAAUGCCUUCUAAUUACUAAUUAUCUCAUUUUGGGGGACCCUGAUCUAAGAACAGAUCAUCUUUAUAGAUUUUUAUACUUUUGCUAUUAUCUAUCAUCGAUAUAUAUAUUUAAAAUUGCAGCCAGGGAUUUAGCUCAGUGGCUCUGUGCCUGCCUCACAAGCACAAGGUCUUGAGUUCAAUCCUUGAUACAAAAAAAAAAUUGCUGUAACAGUGUUUGGUAUCAGAUGAUGGUCUAAGUCUAUAUCCACUUAAGAUUGGGUAGAAAGGGCCAGGGAUGUAGCUCAGCAGUACCAG